GUUGGCCAUUUGGUCCUGUUUUGUGCAAAGUGACGCCAUACCUCCAAGGUGUCUCUGUAUGCGCGUCCGUAAAUACCCUGGCAGUCAUCGCAGUAGACAGAUAUUUUGCAAUCUGUUCACCGUUGAAAUACAAACUUGAUUCUACAAAACUACGGAGAAUUAUUAUUUGUAUCUGGAUGACUUCUUGCACAAUUAUCAUUCCAUGGGCCGUAUUUUACAUUGAAGAGGAAUAUAAAUACACAGAAGGAAUCAUGCUCAAUAUAUGCUAUGAAAAAUGGCCAAGCGAGAUGGCAAGAAAUGGUUACUUUUUAGGCGUGAUUUUCUUGUGUUGUUAUACCAUUCCUUUGAUACUAAUAUGCAUAUGCUACCUAGGAAUUUGCGUUAGGGUUUGGAAUAGGGAACAACUAGGUGCCAACAGAACAGGGAACAACGUUAUUCAAAGAUCAAAAGUUAAAGUUGUCAAAAUGCUGGCGGUAGUGGUUUUCUCGUUUGCUUUCUCCUGGUUACCUUUAUACAUAGUAAAUAUGAUCAUUUCAUUCCAUGACACAAAUAACAACUUUCUGCACGAUACUAUCAUUCCGUUUGCCCAGUGGUUGGGGUCAUCUAAUUCCGGCAUGAAUCCAAUUAUUUACUGCUUUUUCAGCAGAAAAUUUAGAAACGGCUUCCGAAAACUGUUGUGUCCUGCAAGACCUAGUUCAAAUACAUAUAAUUUCCGGCGAACUAAUACCCCUAAAGGAGGCAUACUAUCGGAAUCUUCUGGUAACAAACGUUCAUAUACAUUUGUAUAAAGACAUUUUUCCUCUAACCAGCACUUUUGUGAAGAAAACAAUUACGAUAUUGGUAACAUUGGAAAUUACAAAAACAUUUCCCUAUUCUUGCACUCCUCCAGAUAUUGAACCAUUAUGCAGUAAUUGAUUAUUUCUAUCCAAAGUGCGAGUUAAUCUUGAUAAAGGUGUCAAACACAGAAUAAAAAUAAUGCACUGGAUACACGCGUGAG